AAUAACUUACUCUAUGUUUUAUAUAUUGUCUCUUUCGCUUAUUGCUUAGUUUCAUUAUUUCUUUCUUGUAUAAAACAAAUACUAGUGAAAAUUGAAGUGUAAAUAAAUAGCUAUUGAUUUUUUAAUAGUUACAGAAUACUAGAAUUUGCACAAUUUUUAAGUAUAAACGUGAUUUAAAUUUGUUGUGCCCAUUGCAUUUGCUGCAGUACAGUCAUGAAUCGUCCUCGGGGUGAUAAUAUUUGUCCAUCGCCACACCUGAGAGUGGUAUUACCCAAUUCAAUAGACACCAAUAUGCCUCCACCUUUUAUUGACAUUAAUAACUUACAAGAUAUACCACCACCCCAGGCUGAUUUCUCUGCGCCACCACCUUAUGAUGUGGCAACCAAUUCUAAAUUGCCCACCUAUGAAGAGGUGCAACGUGAGAAACAAAUGGAGGGUGAUGGCCCACCACAGUUACAGGGACCUCCACCCCACCACCCGACAUUUGCUUUUGUGACAGUGGAGCCUACAGAAGGGAGUGCUGAACAGUUAGAUCCCGAGAACAGUCUUCUCGGCACAGACAUUAUGUUUUUGACUUCAUUCUUUGUGGCAUUCCUGUUCAAUUGGAUCGGCUUCCUGCUGCUGAUGUGUUUCUGCCACACGGUCGCAAGCCGAUAUGGGGCACUGGCCGGCUUUGGUCUGUCGCUCGCCAAAUGGACACUCAUCGUCAAACAUUCCACCGAGCUUGCAUCACAUGAGAACUCCUGGCUGUGGUGGCUCAUUAUGGCGUUUGGGAUUUUAAUUUGCAUCCGUGCCAUCAUCCAAUACUUAAACAUCAAGCGAGGCUGGCGGCUUCUCUCCGGCACUGCUCAAGAACGACUAUUGUUCUUCUACUAAUUAACACAGCUUUUUAUCUCACUCUUAUGAAACAUUAUCAUGUGUGGGUAUAUAAGAAGGGAAUGUAUCUAUGUCAGUUGGUUCGUCUAGAUGUGUUAGCUUAAGGAGGAUGUUUAAGAUAUAUCGCUCACUACGCAACCAUUCCCAUGGUUAUGCACUAUUAUGGUCGUAAAUUGCAACCGCAGAAAUUUUGUCAGAUAUUUCACCACAGCCCCAAUUCUAGGUAUGAAUCGUUACGGCCUAGUGGUGUUAUCUCCGUUGGAAGAUCGAAUUUGGUUGACACAAAAAUUGUAUUAGUAUUUCUUACUAUCUCCUGUAAAGGAAAAUAUCUAAUGAAUAAGAUUAUUACAAUAGACGGAUGUAGAUUUAUCCCAAGCCAUCUUACCCGUUGGCACAUACCUAAAGUGUUGUCAACAUUACGACGUCGAAAGUUAACGUGUUUGCAAAGAAGUAAGUACCUAUAUAGUUUCCACGAUCGCAUUUUCUACUGAUUGUGGUAUUGUAAUACGCGUAGUCCUAAAUACUUAAUUCAUUCUUACUAGAUGUUUCACAUUGUAGGCCGAUUUAUAAUUGUAUUCAUAUUAAAAUGGUCUCUAUUGUAAAUAACGUGGAUGAUAUUUAUUUUAAAUAACGUCCAUGGUCUAUACUAGUCUUAAGUUUUGUAUAGUAAUAUAUAAUAUAGUAUUUUAAAAUAUAAAAUCAAUUGAUUUAAUUACUUAAUGAUUUACAAUAACGUUUAUAAUCGCUUACUUAAUCCGAAACUUAAGUAAUGUUAGUAGCAACCAGUCACAGCUUCUAUAUAGGGCCGUCUUAAAGUUCAUCGCCAAACGAUAUGUUGCGGAUUAUAGAAAGCUGUUUAAGACGUAUGCCAAUACUACUAAGGCUGUAUUCAUAAAAACAGAAAUAAACUUUUUACUAUUGUAACAUUUCGUCAAUCUUUAACAUGGAAAAAUAAACCCCGAGAGAUAAGGCCAAAACAGCAGAGCUACUUUGGAAUCAUUUAUCUUAAUAUUAAUAACAAUCAACCAAUAUACAAUUUUGAAAAACUAUUUUGAAACAUCAUCACAUCUAAACUGAAUAAAUCUGUAACAAUGUCA